UUGAAGCAGAGAAAAAGUGAAGAAAGUGAAAAAGUGCUUUUAAUUGCAGGGGAGUGAAAUGUUUUUAAAAUUAUUUGUGUUCAUUGCACUUGGUGUAGUGUUGCAACAAGUUGAAUUUACAAAGGCGGAAAAUCGAAAGUACGUUGUUUGUUAUCACGGCACUUGGGCCACAUAUCGCAAGUCAAGUGGCAAAUACGAUGUGAACAGCAUUGAUCCCUUCUUGUGUACACAUCUGAUGUACGCCUUCUUUGGCAUUGAGGAGAGUGGAGAUUUGCGCAUCAUUGAUCCUUACUUGGAUUUGGAGGACAAUGGUGGCAGAGGCAAUAUACGAAAGUUCAAUGCACUCAAGCUACAGAAUCCAACGUUGAAAACACUCGCUGCGGUUGGCGGCUGGAAUGAGGGCUCGAAGAAUUUCUCAAUUGUAGCAAAUGAUCCGGCACGCAGACAACGCUUCGUGCGAUCGGUGGUGCAAUUCAUACAGCGGCAUGGCUUUGAUGGCUUGGACUUGGAUUGGGAGUAUCCAAAUCAGCGACACAAUUUGACUUUCGAUGAUAAAACUAAUUACGUAACGCUGCUGCGUGAGUUGAGAGAGGGCCUAGACCCCUUCCAGUAUCUACUCACCGCCGCGGUGGGCUCUUCAGCGGACUCUGUCUCGCGCUCAUACGACAUUCCUGAAGUCUCGAAGUACUUGGAUAUCAUCAAUGUCAUGGCAUAUGACUUACAUGGCCCAUGGGAUCCCGUCACCGGUAAUAAUGCGCCACUUUACGAGGGCCCCACCGAUAUAACCGCGAAGAAUAAACAACUCAAUUUAGAUGCUAUAAUCAAAUAUUGGCUUGCACAAGGUGCACUCCGCGAGAAACUUGUAGUCGGCGUACCUUUCUAUGGCCGUUCCUACACUCUCGAAGAUGCAGCGAAGCACACUGUGGGCUCACCGCAUUUGGGUCGUGGCAUUGCUGGCCAAUACUCGGUCGAACCCGGUUCAAUUGGCUACAAUGAGCUUUGCGAACGUAUGCGCACCGAAGCGUGGACAGUCGAGUGGGAUGAGGUGCAAAUGACCCCCUAUGCAUAUUUGGGACAACAGUGGAUUGGGUUUGAGAAUCCACGCAGUAUUGGCCUCAAGGCGCAAUAUGCGAAGGAUAACAACUUGGCCGGUGUGAUGUUGUGGUCAUUGGAAUCUGACGACUUUCGUGGCAUUUGCAAUGGUGAGAAAUAUCCGUUGUUGCAAACUAUCAAUCGUGUGCUCUUCGAUGGACGUACAGCGACGGGAUUAACGCAAUCUGUGCUAAAUACGGCGGCGGAAUCGAUAAAACGCCCUGCAGCGCCUGGCUAUGUGGCGCCAUUUGUGGGUGGGCAGUAUCAGCAGGCGGCAGUGUUGGGGCCGCGUGGCAAUGCCGAAUGCGAAAAUGAGGAGGACGGCUAUGUGCGUGAUGCGAAAGACUGUGCAAAGUUUUAUUAUUGCGAACAGGGCAUGACGUAUCCGUUCAGUUGUCCCCAUAAUUUGAAAUUCGAUUUGCUGUCAACGAGCUGCAAUUAUGCGCAGUUGGUGGAGUGCUAGAGAAUGCGAGCUAUUGACUUUCAGCACAUACAAACAUAUAUAAGUACACAUAUUUUAGGUGAUAGAGUUAAAAACGAUAUUGGAAAAUAAAAUUAGCUUCGGUGAAAUGUAAAACUGUAAAAUUUAGCUACAAUAAAAAAAAACAAUUUUACAAAAAUUAAAUAAAAAGUACCACUAAUCCGCGCAUUAGAGAACAAUAGCAUA